UAGGUGGAUUCGUGAAAUUAGCAACAUCAAGGCGGCGGAAUCGGAUACUCCGAUCAUUAAAAAUACAGACUCUGACUGCCGACUCCAAAUAAUCGUUCAUACAUAUGAAAAUUGUACGCGACCUUGGUACAGUGCGAAUUACUGAAUCAUGAUUCACUUGUUUGCAACUCUGGUGAGAGACAAAAUACCAGCAUAUCUGGAAGGUGUUCCAAUUCCACGAACCUUGAGUGGAUUUCUUGAUUUGUCAGUAAAAGACUGGUUUCACCUUGUAUUUUUCUCUGGAGCUGUUGGUGCUAUCGGAUAUUAUGCAACAAAGCCAUAUAUAGAUGAAUACAAAAAGAGGAAAUCUGGUGCAAAUGAUGAUUCUGUUGUGAAUCUUUCGAUUCAAAAAGGUUCUCCGAAAGUAGUUGAUGUUGUAGAUAUCGAAAGUUUAGGUGAAAAAGCAGCUUACUGCAGGUGUUGGAGAUCAAAAAAAUUCCCCUAUUGCGAUGGCUCUCACAAUCAACACAAUAUAGAUACUGGAGAUAAUGUUGGACCUCUUUGCAUGAAGAAGAAUUGUUGAUUGCUUAAUAGUAUGUUUCUUUGAAUAUUUGUUUGAAUUUUGUCGCCAUGUAUUGAUAACCUGCCUCUGAAUAGAAUUCUAAACUCGUCAACAUUGUACUAUGAAACCUCGGCUUCCUCAACUUACAACUCCUUCUGCAUCUAAGGAAAUUUUUGUUCCAAGUUCUUAAUUAGGCUCUUUCUUCACUGUGUUUUGAUGUAACAAUUUUAGCAGCAUACAGUACAAAAUCCAUGUCGUUCUUAUUUUUUGCUCAAUAGUGUUAUUUUAUCAGACAUGAAAUUUGGUAUCAUCAAUGAAUCUUUGUGUGUACAGAAUGACUAUUAUCAAAAUAAAACAUUUUAAAACAA